GACGCAAUAGAAUAGCUCAUGUUGUCUGUUGACCGCCAAACUGUAAUGCUGCUGUUAGCUGUUAGCUGUAGCCGCGGCGAUUAAGUAAAUCACUGAGAUAAUACAAUAUUAUGUAAAAGUGUGUUCGAACGAGAAACGCGUUUUAAAAACGUCAGAGAAAAUAUUUGUAAUAUAUUUUUUUUUCAAAGAAAUUAUUUAUUGUUUAUACAAAAAGUAUUCGUAUCUAUCACUAAGUACAAGUGCGCCGAGUGUUUGGAGUUAAAUCGGCCUAAGGCCCGCCAAGUUUUCGCCAAUCGUUUCUACAGCCGACAUGUCCAUAAUGAACAAUAGAAGCGUCGCCAAUACCCGUCUGGAUUACUAUCACAAAAUGGUCCACAACAUUAUAUUGUGCCAUCAAAAUCCUGUCACGGGGUUGUUUCCUGCUAGUCCGGAAAAUUCAGAUGCGUGGAUUCGAGAUAAUGUGUACACAGUCUUGGCCGUGUGGGGUUUAUCAAUGGCGUGUAAAAAAAUGGCCGACAUGGAUGAAGAUCGUGCGAAAACUUAUGCACUCGAACAAAGUUGUGUGAAGUUAAUGCGUGGCUUAUUGAUGGCCAUGAUGCAACAGAAAGAAAAAGUAGAACAAUUUAAGGUUUCUCAAAACCCGUUGCAUUCGCUACACGCCAAGUAUAGUUCGGCGACAGGACAAACUGUGGUCGGUGAUAACGAAUGGGGACAUUUACAAAUCGACGCCAUAUCGUUGUACUUAUUGAUAUUGGCACAGAUGACGGCUUCGGGUCUUCAAGUUGUAUUUAAUCUGGACGAAGUAUCGUUUAUACAAAAUUUAGUAUUUUACAUUGAAUCUGCUUAUUGUGUGCCGGACUACGGCAUAUGGGAGCGCGGUGACAAAUCAAAUCACGGGCUUCCAGAAUUGAACGCGAGCAGCAUAGGAAUGGCCAAAGCAGCAUUAGAAGCCAUGAACGAUUUGGAUUUAUUUGGGGCCAGGGGUGGUCCGUCUUCAGUGAUACACAUAUUGUCGGACGAAGCACAAAAAUGUCAAGCAGUUUUACAAUCGAUGUUACCGAGAGAAUCAAAUUCAAAAGAGUUGGAUAGUAGCCUGUUGUCUGUUAUUAGUUUUCCAGCAUUCUCUGUUGACGAUCAACAGCUUAUACAGCUUACGCGGGACGAGAUUGUUUCAAAACUCAUGGGCAAAUAUGGGUGCAAGCGAUUUUUGAGAGAUGGCCACAAAACUCCGAGAGAAGAUCCGAGUAGGCUUCAUUAUGAUCCUCAUGAACUCAGAGUGUUCGAGAGAAUCGAAUGCGAAUGGCCACUUUUUUAUUGCUAUCUGAUAUUGGAUUAUUGUUUUCAAAACGAUAUGGAAACUGCAAAUUUCUACGUUGACGCUUUAGAAAAAGUUAUGAUCACUUCGGAAGAUAACAUAAAAUUAGUUCCAGAGUUGUAUGCAAUAGAAAAUGAAAACAUACAGGCGGAAUUUGAAUACCCGGGUAGCCAAAAACGUGUUGCGCUCGGACGGUGUCCGUUUUUGUGGGCCCAGUCGCUGUACAUAUUAGGGAAACUGUUACAGGAGAACUUUUUAGCAGUCGGCGAGUUGGAUCCGUUAAAUCGCAGGCUUUGUUUGGAAAAAAAGCCCGAUGUUGUUGUUCAAGUGGUAGUGCUGGCCGAAGGCACUUCAAUUCGUGAUUUACUACUUCAACACGACAUUGUUGUGCAAACAAUCAGCGAAGUUUCCCCUAUUGAAGUUCAACCGUCGACCGUACUCAGUCAUCUUUACACUUAUUUAGGUCGUAACGAGAAGCUCAAGUUAUCCGGUCGUAAAUCUCGAGAUGUGGGUAUUCUCAGUACCAGCAAACUGUAUUCUUUGCAAGAUCGUAUAUUUGCAUUCACACCACAGCUUACAGAUCGUCACCGUUAUUAUAUAGCGUCGGACGACAACCUGAUGAUUGACUUGUUUAAAAAUGAAAUAAACUUUUUAAAAUCCAACUGGCACAACAUAUUAGGUCGCCCGACAGUUGUACUCGUCUUAAAAAAGCCGAGUCUUGAUCAAGGUAAGAUACCGUUAUCCAUGAUAACUACUAUAAAAAAACUCAAGAGCGGAUACAUAAAUGGAACUAGAGUGACUCUGGGAAAUCUCAACGAUUUUCUAAGCACAUCGUGUAUUACCAAUCUGAGCUUCUUGGGCAGCCAAGAACUGGGCAUGCCCAACAAACUAAACACUCAAGUUGAACAGUAUUUGGAACAACAUAUCGUCAAGAGUUUAUCGAAUCAGUCCACUCUGUUAACGCGAAAGCCCAGAAAUAUACCCAAAAUCAAAAGAAAAAUGUCCGUCAAAGGAGCUAUAAAAAAAACUAGAUCCUUCAUGUUGGAUGCCGAAGAGAGACGCGUUCAAGUGGCUGAAACUCAGGUGGCGACAAAUUUAUUGGAACAAAAAAGUCCUUCUCCAGAAUUGAAUUUGGUCAAGGCUACCAAAAGAGACCACCAUCGCCUGCACAACCGCUUUAAGGGCAGCUCAGAACGCUUGUACGCCGAUGCUGAAUUGGAUGGUAUUUUAGCAAUGUUAACCGAAUCAGAUCUUCUGGAAGAAAAAGGUGAUAUCCUACAAUACUUGGUUGAUACUUAUGGUCUAGAAUAUGAUACAGGUCUUAAGGAAGACGGAAAACCAGUGUUGAUCAAAGACUUGCUGAAAUUACUUUACGAGAAAGCUUGUCAACAAAAUCUUUGGGGACUUGUCAGACAUACGGCCGGUAUGUUGGGAAAGCGAGUUGAAGAUUUAGCAAAAGCCCUUACCGAUCUCUUAGUUCGUCAGAAACAAGUAACUAUUGGUAUGCCGCCAUUCAACGAGCACACUAUAUCUACUCCUCUACCCGAAGCAGAACUGCGUCAAGUGAUUCACGAUGCGUAUGGUGACGAUGAAAGUACAGCUAUGUUGACACAGGAGCUGUUAGUUUAUUUGGCCAUGUUUGUUCGGACCGAACCGCAAUUGUUUUCGGAAAUGCUCAGACUUCGCGUUGGACUGAUCAUUCAGGUGAUGGCCGGUGAGUUGUCACGAACGCUCAACUGUUCAGGCGAAGAAGGCUCGGAACACCUGUUCAAUUUGUCUCCGUUUGAAAUGAAAAACCUUUUACAUCACAUCAUGAGCGGAAAGGAAUUUAUUUUAAGUAGCGUUGGCCGUGGAAACUUUUCGGUCAUAAGCCACAAAUCCAGUCACGUCAGCAAGAAAAGCACAAUAGGUCUGCUGUUGGUCGACAAAGCUGAACCCUUAACCGAAGAGUUUGAACGUGACAGGCAAGGACAAUGGUUGCGCCGAAGGCGAUUGGACGGAGCGCUGAACAGAGUGCCCGGAGAGUUUUACAAACGCGUUUGGAUCAUUCUAGAAAAAUGCAGCGGAAUAGCGAUUGACGGAAAACUGCUAUCACAAAAUCUAACGCAAGAAAUGACUUCGGGCGAAUUGAAGUUUGCUUUGGCCGUGGAAACCGUGCUCAAUUGGAUCCCGUACCCCGAGUAUCGACAAUUGAUCGUGGAGACGUUAAUGAUUUUCACAUUGUACGCCGAACACGAAAUUUCGCCGAGCCCGUGCGGCAUCAUCACUAUCGAGGACUUUGUUCACAAAGCUAACGAUUUGUUUCUCCAAGAUCAAAUGGCCAUCAAUGGGGACGCGACAUUAUGCUGUGCGAAAACCCACAAAGAAUUGACCGAUACCGGCACGUUGUUGUGCGGCGGCGCUGCUUAUAUUUGUCAACAUUUCUACGAUAGUGCUCCUAGCGGAAGCUACGGCACCAUGUCCUACAUAAUCAGAGCUAUCACGUCGAUUCUGGAAACGACGUUAGGAGCCAGCGUGGAUUGCUCAAUCUCUUGAGUGGAGCUGUAGAGCUGUUCUAUUCUAUUUAAUUGAAAACAUUUUAUUUAGUACAAUAAUUUAUUGUGUGUAUUAGGUACAUAUAUUUUAUUUAUUACGUGUAAAAUUAUUGUCAAUCCAUUGAAUUAUCGAUUUUUACCUUUUUCAUUUAAAUAUUACAUAAUAAUAAUAUAUGAUAUAUUUUAGCGUA